AUGGCAGCGAACGGCUCUGUGGUUCUAGGGACGUGGCUGGAUGGUGGGAUCCUCGGAGAAGGGCCCUUCCUGCCCUGGCACCUGCCGGCACGGCCAGCACAGCUGCCCCAGCCUGAGGAGCUUGGCAGCAUUGGUGUCUGUGUCACGAGUAAUUCAUUUGUUUUAGACGAUCCGGACCUGGAGGACGUUGACCCGGCGGUGCUGAAGCAGUGCCACGCGGCAGCCGCGACGUGUGUUCUGGAGGCAGCCAAGCACCACGCCGACAAAGCCGCUAUAAGCGCGUGUCUAGAAGACUGUAAAUUGGACAGAGAAAGAAUAGAAGAAUUUUGCACCGAAUAUCAGAAAAACAAGGAUGCCUUGGAAAUCCUAUUGGGAAGAACAGUGAUUCAGAAUCACACCCAGAUGUUAGCUUUAGUUGCACGAUGGAGCAGUUACAGGAAAGUUCAGGCGAGUCCCGGCGUGGGUGCCCAGGUGCCAGCCGAGCAUCAGCCGGGGUUUUGCGCUCUCUGUAUUGCUCAGGGCGACUUAUUUCAUGGGACUGUCCCAAAGACCAGGGCGAUUCUGGAGAUGCAGCCCGCCGAGUGCGCCGAGAGGGUCUCGCUAUUCUGUAAGACGUGUAUCGUGCGCUACUUGGAGACAAGCAAGUAUUGUCCCAUUUGUGAUGUCCAAGUGCACAAAACUCGGCCGCUUUUGAAUAUAAGGUCAGAUAAAACUCUGCAAGAUAUUGUAUACAAGCUAGUGCCAGGCCUUUUCAAAAAUGAAAUGAAAAGAAGAAGGGAUUUUUAUGCUGCUCAUCCGUCAGCUGAUGCUGCCAAUGGCUCUAAUGAAGACAGGGGAGAAGUGGCUGACGAAGACAAAAGAAUUAUAACAGACGACGAGAUAAUAAGCUUAUCCAUUGAAUUCUUUGACCAGAAUAGGCUGGAGCGAAAAGGAAAUAAGGAGAAAGAAAAAUCAAAGGAAGAGGUGAAUGACAAAAGAUACUUACGCUGCCCGGCAGCAAUGACUGUGAUGCAUCUAAGGAAGUUCCUGCGGAGUAAAAUGGACAUACCAAAUACUUUCCAGAUCGAUGUGAUGUACGAGGAGGAGCCGUUGAAGGACUACUACACGCUAAUGGACAUUGCCUACAUCUACACUUGGAGACGGAAUGGGCCGCUGCCCCUCAAGUACCGAGUGCGACCCACUUGCAAGAGAAUGAAGAUCAGCCACCAGCGGGAGGGCUUGAAUAACAGCGGGGAGCUGGAAAGUGACUCUGGGAGCGACAAGGCGAGCAGCCCGGCGGGAGGCCUCCCCUCCACCUCCUCGUGCCUGCCCAGUCCCAGCACCCCGGUGCAGUCUCCUCACCCGCAGUUCCCGCACAUCUCCAGCACCAUGAAUGGCACCAGCAGCAGCCCCAGUAGUAACCACCAGUCCUCCUUCACCAACAGAGCGCGGAAGACCUCCAUAAACGGCUCCUCAGCCACCUCGUCCGGCUGACUCGCCCGCGAGACUCCCGCCCCCGCCCCUCAUUUAUAUAGAUCUCUUCAUGCCAUUACAGCUUUAUAGAUGCUAAUACAUGUGACUAUCGUCCAAAUUGCUUUCUUUUGUAGUGACACUGAACUUGGCUAUGAAAGGCGGACUAGGUGACAUUCAAUAUGGACGUUAAUUAAAACGCAAGAUUGAUAUGUAAAUUGUUUUCAAAGGACUGGGAAGCAAACAAAAUUUACACCUUCACGUGUUUGGAAUUAUGUGGAGUUGUUUCCGUCCCCAUCAUCCAGACCUGGGACUCUCCAGAAGUCAGCUCAAAUCCUGGGAAGUAGUUUGUUAAUCCAGACUAACUCCUCCAUUGCGUUCUCUUCAAUUGUUAUUGUUAUACUGUUUUGUGAACCUGUAGAAAGCAAGUGCUUUUUCAUCUUGAAAUUCAACAAAACAGAAAGAAUAUGCAUAGAAUAAUGCAUAUAUGUAGCCAUGUCACUGUGAAUAACAAUUUUUGCGUAUUAGCCAUUUUGAUUCUUAUGUUGCAUCUUUAAUUCUCUGUUGCUGCGCAGAACCGAUCAAAAGAAAAGUAAACUUCAGUUUUACAAUCUGUAUGCCUAAAAGCGGGUAUUACCGUUUUAUUUACUGACUUGUUUAAAUGAUUCGCUUUUGUAAGAAUCAGAUGGCAUUAUGCUUAUUGUACAAUGCCAUAUUGGUAUAUGACAUAACAGGAAACAGUAUUGUAUGAUAUAUUUAUAAAUACUAUAAAGAAAAUAUUGUGUUUCAUGCACUCAUGAUAUGGUUGUUAAAUUUCUAGUUCGACCUUUGCAGAUGCCACUUGUUUGAGCUUUGCUCGUACUGAGAGAAACACCGUGUGUGUGUGACAGCUACAGUAUUGGGAAAGCACACUCAAGUCUCGGAUAACCUGGAGGCAAUUGGCAAUCUUAAAAGUUUUUUACUGACUUUGUCUUUUUUCAAGUGAUAGAUUUUUACUUUACCAAAUGUUGUUGAAGUGAUGCAGUGAAGAAAAGAAAUUAAGGGACAUGGAAGUAAUUGACCUGUUUGAUUACGUUUUUAUUAUUUUGCGUGGUGGGAUUGUGUUUUUAAAAGCACACGGGAUCAUUAUAGAAGCCAUAAACUAUUUGGUAUAAAUUUUAAGGAGCCAGCAAUUGGCUGGAUGAAGGCAUUUUAUCUAAAUUUGUUUUAAUAUAUAUGUAUAUGGUACAGGACUAACUUCAUUAAAGUUUAACAGGUACUUUAAUAUUUCCAAUAAAUUGUGGAGAAUGCCUCCUCUUUAAUGGCCUGCACAUAGGAGCGUUUUAAUAGAGGCUUCUAAGAUUUUUUUUUUCAAGUAGAAGGAACUUUUC